AUGGAUGAAACAGACUCUUUGUUGGUGGAAAACGUCAAAUCAAUCAUCGCUGGUGGUGUAGGUGGUGUAGCCGCCGUUAUAACUGGACAUCCUUUUGAUUUGGUUAAAGUACGUUUACAAAGUGGUCAAUAUCCUUCAAUGGCAACUGCUGUUAAAUCAAUAUUAUCAACUUCAGGUCCAACUGGAUUUUAUAGAGGUGUUGUUCCACCAUUAGUUGGUGUUACUCCAAUGUUUGCUGUUAGUUUCUGGGGUUAUGAUUUAGGUAAAAAUAUCGUUUCAAGUUUUAGUAAUGGAACUCCAGCUUCAGAAUUUUCAAAUGCUCAAUUAAGUACUGCUGGGUUCCUUAGUGCAAUUCCAACUACUUUAGUCGCAGCUCCAAUGGAAAGAACCAAGAUUGUUUUACAAACUCAAGAUGCAAAUGCUCCAAAAUCAAUGAUUUCUGCUGUGAAAAGAAUUUUAGCCACUGGUGGUAUAAGAUCCCUUUUUAAAGGUUCAUUUGCAACUUUAGCUCGUGAUGGUCCAGGUUCUGCAUUAUAUUUCGCAACUUAUGAAGUUGCUAAAAAGGAAUUAACAAAAUUAACUGGUGCUAAAAAUGGUGAAUUAAGUUUAACUGCAGUUUCAACUGCUGGAGGAUUAGCUGGUGUUAGUAUGUGGUUAGUCGUGUUCCCAAUAGAUACUAUAAAGACAAGAUUAACAAGUAAUGUUAAUGAAAAUAUAAGUGCUAAAGAAGCUAUAGCUUCAAUUUAUAAAAAAGCUGGUGGUAUUAAAGGGUUUUUCCCUGGGUUAGGUCCUGCUUUAUUAAGAUCUUUCCCUGCAAAUGCUGCUACAUUUAUGGGUGUUGAAUUAACUCAUCAAGCUUUUAAGAAAUAUAGUGCUAAAAAGGGUGAACCACUAUAG